AUGCCUGCUUUUGGCUUUAAACCCAGGGCUUUUGGGCUUCUCUGGAGACUGUUCUGUGUCUCGGAAACCAGGACGGGAAAGCCGGGUUCGCAAAGACUCCUAAGCGAUGCGCAAAAGAAUGCGGCGUCCGGGGGGGCGCCGCCGCGACGAUCUGAGUUUGCGCGACAUGCGGCAGACAUUGGCAGGGGGAUUUCGGGGACGAUGGGAAAACUCCAAAAGCUCGCACAGCUGGCCAAAAAGAGAUCGCUCUUUGACGACAACCCGGUCGAAGUCAACGAGUUGACGUUUAUUAUCAAGCAAGACCUAUCCCGCCUCAACGAAGAUAUCCGAAACCUCCAGGGCUUAUCAAAGCGACUGCAUCCGAAACCGGACCAGGAGGGGGAGAAUAACAAGAACAUUCUGCUGCUGCUGCAAGGCAAACUGGGGGACGUCAGCGCAAACUUCAAGGACGUCUUGGAGAUUAGGACAAAGAAUAUCCAGGCUUCAAGAUCGCGUACCGAGGCAUUCGUAUCAACCAUGGGACAGCACGCACACGCAUCCUUGCCGCCCUCGGCAUCCCCUCUUUACGGCACACCAAGUAGGGGGACCCCGUCCCCCGGCGCAGACCUCAUCUCUCUCAACCCGAUGGGGGGCGACCAGCAAUUGCAAUUGCAGAUGAUGGAAGAGGGGCAAAACACGUACAUUCAGCAACGAGGGCAGGCCAUCGAGGCGAUCGAGUCGACCAUUAACGAGCUCGGGUCAAUUUUUGGUCAGCUCGCAUCAAUGGUUAGCGAACAAUCCGAGAUGAUCCAGCGCAUCGAUGCCAACACAGAAGAUGUCGUGGACAACGUCGAGGGGGCGCAAAAAGAGCUGCUCAAGUACUGGUCUAGCGUUUCGGGCAACCGAUGGCUCAUAGCCAAGAUGUUUGGUGUUCUAAUGGUAUUCUUCCUGCUCUGGGUGUUGAUCGCCGGGUAG